GCUCCAGAGGUCCUUAUGUGCCGAAAGUAUGAUGCUGUAGCAGAUAUAUGGAGUAUGGGGAUCAUUGUCUACCAGUGUCUAACCGGAAAAGCGCCGUUCUAUGCUAGCAAUCCGGAAGCUCUGAAAAAUAUCUACGAGACGAGCCCCUGUCUCAAACCGAAAAUACCUGUCACAACCAGCCAACUUCUUCGUGACUUAUUGCUUCGCAUGCUAGUCCGAAAACCUAGUGAUCGUAUUGAUUUUGCUGGUGCCAGGGCUGCUGCUGCUGCUGCUGCUGCAGCCAACACACCCGUUCGAUCUCGGCGUGACUUACCGUCUCGCGCGGACAACGGUGGGACUGUAAUCGGUACCCUAGGUCUAGGGACAGGUGAUGGUCCGUACUAUCUAACCGAACGAAAUCACGUCAACACACGCGAUAAAACUCCUCAGCGCCAUCCCACUGUCAAUAAGGUUCAUCCACCCACACAUUUGGCCGGCAGAACGUUUGCCCCAUCCUCCGCGUCUCCCGCGUAUUUAGACACCCAAACUCCUUCCCCCGGUCUCAAUAUUGAUGAUGUUGACGAUGAAAUGUCUCGAACCACAGUGGAUGAGUAUUUUGAAGACGAGCUUGACAGUUCAACACUUCCGUUGGAAACCACUCCUCACACUAUGGUCAACUAUGCUCCAAAUGUGCCUGAAUCAACCCGCGGGGGUUACAAUACAAAUGCGCCUCCGGUUCCGUGUAGAGGAAGUUCCGUGGGAUGGAAAGCCACAACUGGCAACGCUCACCAGACUCAGACACAUGCGGGCUACCCGCGUCCACCCCAUAUGAGUGGUCGUCCUUCAGCUGAACUGGAAACUGGUGAAAAUCAUGUUGAUGAUUUCGUGCUAGUUAACUCCGGAGGUGCAGAGGUCGAUCGUUACAGUCGAGCUUUACCCUAUCCAGGAACUGAGCACUAUCCGUUGAGCAAUGUUGGACAAAUAGUAACAAAUCCCACGGCCUAUUUAGCCAAUCACCCACGACUGCAACAUACUGAAUCACCUCCACUGCCCGACGUGGCAGUGGUCGGGGCCAAAGGUGAUGGUCACAUUCCACCCAAUCGUCCUGGCAUGUUAACACAAAAAGGUCCCGCGACCCACGGCGGUUACGAGAACCCAACUGUUGGGAAUCGUAUUGCAGGUCGUCCCCCAAACUAUCCGCCCGCAGUGCCCUUACGAUACGUGGGAACACCAAGUGAUCAGCCUGGGUGUCCAGACGUCAACGAACACUUCACCGCUCGAGGACCCUCCGAGCCAACUACUUUCCAACCUCAUCCUCCUAGUCGUGGUCAAUGGCCACAGCCUCAAAACGAACCGCUUGCCGCCCGCACAUCCAACGAGUCCGAUCAAAUGCGACUUCCUAAUCGCGUAACCCCAACCGGACCAGUAGAGCCAGUUACUCUAGGUCAGGCAUCCAGCGAAUUUCCCACAGCUGCACACCCGAUUCGAAUAAGACCUUAUUCCGGUGGCGGUAUUCUGGAAUACGCGGCCAAUGUUCCCAAUGGUGUCGUUUGUGGGGGUGUUUGGGCUGCCGCGGAAUUCUCGGAUGAACAACUGAUGGAUUCGCAACACAAUGAGGCAAUCAAGACCAUUACAAUGGUUUUGGAACUGUGCGAACUACUCAGUGAGCUUGCUGAGCGCCGCGCCUCAGUCUUAUCCGAUUGUAUGGCUACUCCGCUGCCAGAGGAAACCAUACACACUUCAUCGAAUUCCGCAACUGAUCAGGACAGUCAAACUGAGGCUCCUGUUGCUGAGUCCGAUACUACCACGGAUACGUCAGAUAAUACAGAUGCUCCCACCGGCGGUCUCAAAUUCCUCCCCGAAGCUCGGAGAAUUGUUGAACAGAUUGUACUCUACCGGCGGGUGCUGUACUAUUUGGAGUACGUCUUCGAUCAAGUGAAAAAAUCCUGCAGAGAUCGAAGAUUAAAGUCCACCGCGACUGCCCGUCGACGUUUGAGAGAUUGCAACACGUUGUAUCACCGAUGCUACAUUCGUCUUCGACAGCUGGCUCGUCAAUCCCGUCGAGACGACCUGAUCGAGCCUGUUGGUCGCCUCCUGGCCAACAUAACUGCCAAUCGGCUCAUAUUCCAAUAUGCUUUGGUUCAAUGUCAAGCGGCUGAAAUGGACGAGUACGUCGGAGAUAUUGCUCAGUCAUUACAACGCUACAAGGCUGGCAUCACAUUAUUACACGGUCUGCGGCAACACGCCAGAACUGUCGGUGAUAAGACUCUACUAGCCGAUUGUAUGCGACUCUUACAUGAUCGAAUCAAUGCAUUACGGACGACAGCUGCCAAGGCGCAUCGUGAGGGUUGUUUCGCUCAUUCUGGUGGAUUUGCCGACGCCAGUUCGAGCCCUGCGUCGGAACGUUCAGGUACUCCGUUGCAACGGGCUACUGCACUGGAUCAAAGUUACGGGGAUUCUCCAUCUGGAGUAGAUUGUACUCUGGCGGAGGCUUCCCCCUUAGCCUCCUCCCCGAUCCGCUGA